CUAUCUUAUCCCCACCAAUGGAUUGCUCGCUCAGUUUCUUGGUCUGGGUGGCAGCAGUGAUGCUGCUGCUUGUCGGCUGAUGCGCGCUGCGCUGCCGCCACACGCGGCUGCAUAGUGCGCGCGGUGCUCCGCAGGGAGCUAGGCCGGUUGACUGCUGCGACGACGCAGGCACGGAGCCUGACGUGCCGGACGCCCUCGACGUUGAGGAUGGAGGAGGCGCCCACUAGCUCUGGCGCGGGCCAGCGGAUACCAAAGCUGUUGAGGGACUGCACACGAGCUUAUUGGUCGCUGGCGAAGUCACGAGCAUGGCGGGCGAGCUGGGAGGUUGGAUUUGAUGAAACGGUUGGAUCUUUGCGGGUUUCGGAGCGACGGUGGGCACGCGCGAUGGCGCUCGUGGAGGUGCCGCUGGUGUGUCACUCCGGCGGGCAUCGCGAACGGCCUGUCACUCCGGCGGGCACCCGCACAGCACCUCGGGCUCAAGCGGUGGCUGGAGAUGGAAGGACGCGGUGGUAACAAGCUAGUGAGCAGAGGCCAACGCAUGGAGACAAGUCGUAGUAUGUUGGAGCUGCAAGAACAUGCACAGCAGAGACGGGCGACGAAAUGGAGGCGGAGGUUCUUGGUUUGUUGGAUGAGCAAGUUGGUGGAGGACAUGCAAGAGGGAACCAGUCGGUGCCCGCGAGCUGAUCGACGAAAUGACCCUCAAUAGCUAUGCAGUCAUUGGCUAAGCAACUCUCCUUUGCUACUCAAGUUCUGCGCUGCAAGUCAGAGGCAGAUCAGCUGUGAGCCAAACAUCUCGCAGGACUGCAUCAUCUCCCUCAACAAGAACACCUCCUCCCGCAGCCUCUAGAUUCCUCAAGUUCAUCUUCACCAUCAACACCAUCCUCGGUUUGCCAUAUUGGAUUACCUUCCACUGCUUCAGCCUCACCUUCGGCUUCAGGAGUGUGACAAGCGGCUGUGACAGACGGAGGAGGUGAGGGUGGGGUAGAGGCGACCGUAGGCGCAAGCGGGGUUGAGAAGCAAUGAUGUCAUUGAGGGAGGAGAAGCUCGAGAGCCAAGAUCUGACGGCCACAACGGUUGGACCAUGGGACACCACAACACAGUGUAGAGCCGGUGGAUGGUGCGCAGGUAUGCCAACUACUGAGUUCCAUGUUCGCUUCGCCACCCAUCCAUUCUAGUGUCGACGAUCGGGGAGAGUGCAGUGGCGUCCCAAAAAAAGGGGAGAAGGGGGAGGAGGAGAAGUGGGGGCACACAUUAAGGAAGGUUGCGGCUCCGAUAGAGAUGACGAUGCAAGGCGGCGAGGGAUGGUGGCAGUAGUGUGAGGAGGAGGUCGGGGAGGAUCGACAAAUCUCGAUGGAGGAGAGGAGCAUAAAGGGGAAAGAAAUAAGGGAGGACUCGGUUGCAAAGUCUUGCUAUUCGACGCUUCUCGAAGGAGUUGGAUACAACCGCCACAUGGAGCAGAUCUGACAGCUUGUAUUCCUCCAUGGAGAGAUCCUACGACUCACACUCUAUAGAUGACAUAAGAUUAAGACUGAUUAUGUAACCAUAUCCACCACGGAAAUAUUUUAUAAUAUUUAAUUAAUUUUGUUUGAAAUGAUAUAAUUUUUAUAGAAUUGCUAGUCAAAAUAUAUCUGACAGACCAUAUCAAUGUCCUAAAAGACAGAGUAUCUAUACUCCUAUAAAAUUGAUGAGUUAUGGCAUAUCCAAACGACCAACAUCGUCUAUCCAAAUUGAUCAAAUGGUUAUCAUGCAAAGUUAGACGCCGUUCCUCAUUUCAAAAUACUUCCAAUAUCCAUGCUCACGAAUCAAAAAAUUAACAGUGAUUGUGCUCUCUUUUUGUCAACCAUGCAAGUGUAUGUUUGAAAAGUCCGAUAUGCAAAUAUAUCAUUAUUUUAUUUCUUCAUAUUGCUAUAUCUUGAAUUGAUUUCACAUGUGUGCAACGCAUAUGCAAUUGCUAGUAUUUUUAUAUCAGAGAGAUUAAUUAACAAACAAAUAUUUUUCAAUCUUGUUUUGGAUCAUGUCACGACGUGGAAAAUAAAUAAGAGACGAGGAAUGAAUGCAGUAACUCACUUAGUCACUUAGCUUAAUAAUUUCAGUACCACAGGACCAAUAUCCUUCGUUCAAUUCCUAAACUUGAAAGUCGAGAUGCAUAUAUACUAAUUUUAGUCCCUAGCUAUUCCUAAUAAACAAGAGAUGGAGAAACAACAGAGCUUAAUUUGGUCCGUCAAGUAACACAUGCAUGCCGAUCGAAUUGCGUUAUUUCAAAUCUGUUCUCGAUCUUCAGCUCUGUUUUGCGGCGCCACUUUGAUUAAUUGCUGGAGGGGAUCGAUCAUGAGCUGCUUUGCAUGCUUCAAGCCAGCGGAUGAGGAGGAGGAGGCGCCAUUGCCGUCGUCGUCGUCGAGGAGGAGGCGCGGUCGUAGCCUGCGAUUGUCGUCGUGCUCGUCCACGCGUAACCACCUUCGAAUUCACCAACCCCAACCCGGAGAAGGAGACGCAUCGACGGCAGCGGCAGCGUGCAGCAACGUCAACAGCAGCAGCAGCAGGGUGCGCGCGUUCACGUACGGGGAGCUCGCGGCGGCGACGGGCAACUUCCGGGCGGAGAGCCUGCUGGGCGAGGGCGGCUUCGGGCGGGUGUACCGGGGCCGGCUGGAGAGCGGGCAGGUGGUGGCCGUGAAGCAGCUGGACAGGGACGGCGCGCAGGGCAACCGCGAGUUCGUGGUGGAGGUGCUCAUGCUCAGUCUGCUGCACCACCCCAACCUCGUUAACCUCGUCGGCUACUGCGCUGACGGCGAGCAGCGCCUGCUCGUCUACGAGUACAUGGCGCUGGGCUCUCUCGCUGACCACCUGCAGCUGGACAACGCCCCCGAGCAGCAGCAGCAGCGCGCGCUCAGCUGGGAGACGCGCAUGCGCGUCGCGCUGGGCGCCGCCCGGGGACUCGAGUACCUGCACGAGACGGCCAACCCGCCGGUCAUCUACCGCGACCUCAAGUCCUCCAACGUCCUCCUCGACGACGCCCUCUGCCCCAGGCUCUCGGACUUUGGGCUAGCCAAGCUCGGCCCCGUCGGCGACCGCUCCCCGCGCGUCAUGGGCACCUACGGCUACUGCGCCCCCGAGUACGUGCGCGCCGGCACCCUCACCGUCAAGACCGACGUCUACAGCUUCGGUGUCCUCCUGCUCGAGCUCGUCACCGGUCGCCGCGCCGUCGACUCCACCAGGCCGCCCGCCGAGCAGCUGCUCGUGGCCUGGGCCAGGCCCAUGCUCAGGGACGGCAAGAGGUACCGCGAGCUCGCCGACCCGCUCCUGUGGGGGGACUUCCCGGAGAGGGACCUCAAGCAAGCCGUGGCCGUGGCCGCCAUGUGCCUGCAGGACGAGGCCUCCGCGCGCCCGCUGAUGAGCGACGCCGCCGUCACGCUCGCCUACCUCGCCGAUGCUGCCGCCGCCUCUCGGCAACAGCCCCUGCCUCUGCCCGUCUCGGCAAGCUAGCACUAGAUCGAUACAAGAACAAGUAGCAACAGUAAAUUGCUAGAUAGCUAGGCAGUGGAUCGAGAUGCAUAUAUAUAACCUUCAUGAUCAACCCCCCCCCCCCCAGACCGCGAGC